UCUUGUCUAAUUGCUCUGGCUAAACAUUCCUGUACUAUAUGAAUAAGAGCAGUGAUAGUGGACAUCCUUGUCUUAUUACACAUUGGACAGAAGCAUGGGGAAAACCUGAAAACUUCAGUGUGAUAUUGGCGAUUUCUCCAUCCUGCUAAGGAAGAACAAUUACUUAUUUGGUGUAGCUGGUGGUAGUAUGCAAAAACAAGUUCCUUGAAAAGAUGGAGAAAUUAGCAUACAGAGAAAUUGACUUGUCAGAGAUCAGAGCAAAGUAUUGGUGGAUCAAAGGAUAAAGCCCAAACAUCUUAAUUCUUUGACCAUUUUAGUCUGCUGACUAUGCAGCCUAGUGCAAUAGACUGGAAUGACGUUAAGAAAUACAAAUAUGGUCCCCGAUCAGAGCGUGCGCUUCAUUAUCAAGAAACUACUGACAUCCUGGAGCUAGGUCAUUUUACGUGGGACAAAUACCUAAAAGAAACAUGUUCAGUCCCAGCACCUGUCCAUUGCUUCAAGCAGUCCUAUACACCUCCAAGCAAUGAAUUCAAAAUCAGCAUGAAAUUGGAAGCACAAGACCCCAGGAACACCACAUCCACCUGUAUUGCCACAGUAGUUGGAUUGACGGGUGCCCGCCUCCGCCUGCGCCUUGAUGGCAGUGACAACAAGAAUGACUUCUGGCGGCUGGUUGACUCAGCUGAAAUCCAGCCUAUUGGGAACUGUGAGAAGAAUGGAGGCAUGCUACAGCCCCCUUUGGGAUUUCGGCUGAAUGCCUCCUCCUGGCCUAUGUUCCUUUUGAAGACACUAAAUGGAGCAGAGAUGGCUCCCAUCAGGAUUUUCCAUAAGGAGCCACCAUCACCUUCCCACAACUUCUUCAAAAUGGGAAUGAAGCUGGAAGCGGUGGACAGAAAGAACCCUCAUUUUAUUUGCCCAGCCACUAUUGGGGAGGUUCGGGGCUCAGAGGUGCUUGUCACUUUUGAUGGGUGGCGAGGAGCCUUUGACUACUGGUGCCGCUUUGACUCCCGGGACAUCUUUCCUGUGGGCUGGUGUUCCUUGACUGGAGACAACCUACAGCCACCUGGCACCAAAGUUGUGAUUCCAAAGAAUCCCUACCCUCCAUCUGAUGUGAACAUUGAGAAGCCCAGCAUCCACAGCAACACCAAAACUGUCUUGGAGCAUCAACCAGGACAGAGGGGACGUAAACCAGGAAAGAAGCGAGGCCGAGCACCCAAGACACUUAUACCCCAUCCCAUCUCUACCCCAUCCAAGUCACCUGAACCUUUGAAAUUCCCAAAGAAGAGGGGUCCCAAACCUGGCAGUAAGAGGAAACCUCGGACUUUGCUGAGCCUACCACCCACCUCACCAACAACCAGCACCCCUGAACCGGACACCAGCACUGUUCCCCAAGAUGCUGCCACCAUCCCCAGCUCAGCCAUGCAGGCCCCCACAGUCUGUAUCUACUUGAACAAGAGCGGCAGCACAGGCCCCCACUUGGAUAAAAAGAAGGUCCAGCAGCUCCCUGACCACUUUGGGCCAGCCCGCGCGUCUGUGGUGUUGCAACAAGCAGUCCAGGCUUGCAUCGACUGUGCUUACCACCAGAAAACCGUCUUCAGCUUCCUCAAACAGGGCCAUGGUGGUGAGGUCAUCUCAGCCGUGUUUGACCGGGAACAGCACACUCUCAACCUCCCAGCAGUCAACAGCAUCACCUACGUCCUCCGCUUCCUGGAGAAGCUCUGCCACAACCUUCAUAGUGACAAUCUGUUUGGCAACCAGCCCUUUACACAGACUCACUUAUCAGUCACUGCCACAGAAUACGACCACAGCCACGACAGGUACCUACCAGGUGAAACCUUUGUCCUUGGGAGUAGUCUGCCUCGGUCCUUGGCACCACAUUCAGACUCAAUGGACUCUGCCUUGAAUCCCACCAAACUUGUCAGCUCCUCCCCAAAUCUUCGAGCUCCUGUUUACCGGCCCUUGCUUCCCUCCUGUGGUCUCCCACCAAGCACUGCCUCAGCUGUGCGUAGGCUAUGUUCCAGAGGAGUGUUAAAAGGAUCAAAUGAAAGAAGGGAUAUGGAAUCAUUUUGGAAACUAAAUCAUUCCCCAGGGUCAGACCGAUACCUGGAAAGCCGGGAUCCCCCUCGACUGAAUGGCCGAGACCCUUCCCUGUGGACAGUGGAGGAUGUGAUGCAGUUUGUCCGGGAGGCCGACCCUCAGCUUGGACCCCAUGCUGACCUCUUCCGCAAACAUGAGAUCGAUGGCAAGGCCCUGCUUCUUCUACGCAGUGACAUGAUGAUGAAGUACAUGGGGCUGAAGCUGGGGCCAGCACUCAAGCUCUCCUUCCACAUUGACCGGCUGAAGCAGGGCAAGUUCUAAACAGGCAUAGCCUAGACAACCCAGUGGUCAGGCAGAUGAGGCAUUCUUCUCCCAGAAAGGAGGGCCAGCACCCUAUUCCCAGGUGCCUCAGGGGGGCUCUGGGCCACCUCAAGGCUCCAGGAGUUGGUGUGGAGCUACCACUGCUGCCCCCUUCCUACCAUGGUAUCUCCUUCCAUGAAGGACCCAGGAGGGGAGAAUGUAGGCCCAGGGCUGGCACUGCUCCUCCCCUCAACCCUGAGUGGCUGAGGUCCCCUCUAUUUAUUUCUCAGGCCUGGCUGACCUCUCACCAGGAGUUUAGACUGAACACCUUCUAAGUUAAGAAGAGGCCAGUCCAUGGGGCCUCAGAAGACCCUCAUACCCAGGCCCCUCACCACUUCCUGGGCUUGGUGUGGUGUCCCAGCACCUCCCAGCUCCUGCCUUCUCACCCGAUUCCCAGACUCCAAACUCAUGGUGCCAACCUCUACCUUUAAAAAAAUUAUAUGUUUUCUUACUGCUAAUUUAUUGUUUCUGGCACCUGGGCAAACUCUCUGGUUACUACUCUUCUUGUACCAGACACUUGAGUUUUGGGAGGAAGGAGACCACACUGCCCUGGUCCCAAAGAAGCUCUCUAGAUAGAUGCAGCCUCUCUUCAUUGGAUACUGCUCUAGGGCAAUUUCUUGUUGGAAUGGACAGGCUUACAUGCUCUGCGUGGGGAGGAGAGGGUCUUGUCAUCUUCCCCUCUUCCCCCGCUGGGCUCUUUGCAGCCCAAAGCCCAUUGAUGGGAUGGUAGCAGUCCUUCACACUGUCCCAACUUCUGCUUCUUGCCCUAGCCAGAGAUGCUGCAGAAAAUUGGGCCUAAUGAUUUUAGGCUAAGCAGACUCUAAGGUUGGGGAGGGAAUAGUCUCCAGCUGGAGUAGUUCUAUUCCUCCACUGGCCAUGUGCUUCCUUGCAAGCAAGUCAGCAGCACAGCUGCUCCUGUUGCCAUCUGGACUUAUUUUAUGUCAAUUUGUUUAUAAAUAAAAACCAAUGCAGAUGCCAAUAUCUUUUUAA